AUGGCUAGCCCACAGGUUCUCGUGUUCGAUCCUGAGGGCCGCCCUGUGAAGUUUGACACCUGGCUCGAUGACCUGCACCUCUACCUACAGCUCACAGCCAAGGAUGACAUCUCACUGUACGAUCACGCCCUAGGCCAUGUCACUGCCCCUGCUGCUACUGCUGACAGCACUUCUCGCUCACAGUGGCAGACUCGUGAUGCCCACGCUCGCUUCGCCAUUCGCAACUCCCUGCCGAUAGACGAACGCGAGCACUUUGGUCAGCACAAGACUGCACAGGCACUGUACACAGCUGUAGUUGCUCGCUACUCCUCACCUGCCUCUGUCGCACUAGGCCGUCUCUCCCUCCCCUACCUGUUUCCCGACCUGGCCUCCUUUCACACAGUCGCUGACCUCAUUUCGCACCUCCGUACUAGUGAGGCCCGCUUCCGUGCCGCCAUGCCUGCUGAGUUCCUUGCCACGCACCCCCCUCCACUCUGGCUCACUCUCUACCACCUAGUCACCCGCCUCCCUGACACACUGCGUGCUGUCAGGGACCACUUCCUAGCUCGUUGCCCCACUGAGCUCACCAUUGCCCUCCUCGAGAAGGAGCUACUUGCAGCUGAGACUAGCAUAGUCGCUGUAGCGCUGCGUCUGCCUCGAGCGGACGCCGCAGCGGCAAGGGCAAAGGGGGCAAGGGUGGUGGCGGUGACGGCGGGGGAGGCGGCGGUGGGGGCGGUGGAGGCAGUGGGGGUGGUGGCUCGGCUGGAGGGGCGAGUGGUAGCGGUGGGGGUGGUGGCGGCAGCGGCGGGGGAGGUGGCAGGAGUGGAGGCGGCGGUUGGGGUGGCGGUGGACGAGGCGGCGGCAGGGGUUGGGGUGGUCGAGGAGGUGGCAGCGGUGGUGGUGGCCGUGGAGGCACUGGCGGUGGCCAGGGCCAGCAGCACACUCCCUCGCCCUAGGAGGUCCCAGUGUGGACGACCGCACGCCACACAGCGCUGCUUCUCUCGUCUCGACGACGCUUGGCGUGUUCAGUUCCCUCAGGCCACUGAGCUGCCCCGCUGGCUUGAUCUCCUGAAGAAGGGGAUUGAUAUCUAUGCUCUAGACUUUGAUGCUAUUCUAUCUGCCAUGUAUGUGAUGUCUACUAGUGGAGAGGGUGCUGAGUACUUGUAUGUGCCGCCCGACCCGGGCAUUAGGGCCAGUGCGUCUGCCGCUCCAGGUACUCGCGUGUCGGCUACCCCAGGUGCUGGUGAGGCUGCUGCUCUAGGUGCUCGUGUGUCUCCCCCCCUUGGUACUGCGUCGACUGCCGCACUGCACACCUUCACACUAGACUCAGGUGCUUCUCGCUGCUUCUUUCGUGACCGCACUGCCCUUGAGCCGCUUGCUCGGCCAGUUGCUGUCUCCCUUGCUGACCCCUCUGGGGGUCCGGUCUCCACCUCCCCUCGUUCUCUACGAACUUGGUGGCAGGAUGUGCACUCCAGGACGGGGGUGUUCACCAGUUCACCCCUGCCUACGAGCGCGUGA